CCCACCGCCGGAAGUGACGGCGGCGGCGCCGCACGUGGCCGACGGGGGCGGACAUGGCGCUCUACAGCGCGGCUGCCGCCGUCCUGGAAGGGCUGGAGCGCGGCGAUGGCGGCAUCAAGACUCUGGUGUACAACAGCCGCUUCCCGCAUGUCCGGCAGCUGUACGCCCUCGUGGCCGAGACCCUCCGCUACUCCCCGGUGCUGGAGAAGCUGCUGGCCGGCGCCGCGCUGCUGCAGGCCGAGAAGAAGCUGCCGCCGCAGCUGGCGAAGGUGCUGGUGUACGACCUGCUCUUUGGCAAGGGCCUGAAGUGCGGGGGCCGCUGGAAGGCGCUGGCGCGGCGGCACCGGCCUCGGCUGGAGGCAGAGCUGGCCCGCCUGAAGGUGCAGCAGAAGGUGAGCCGCAACGAGGACCUCCUGGCCCCGACGCAGGCAGCAAGCCCCGGCGCCUCCCAGGUACCGCGCUACAUCCGAGUCAACACCCUGAAGACUUGUGUAGAUGAUGUGAUUGACUUUUUCAAGCGCCAGGGAUAUUCCUACCUGGGCAAGGCAGCCAGUGUGGAGGAACUGAGGGCCCUCUCUGGGAAGAAGUUCUUGUCGGAUCUUCAUCUCCCGGAGCUGCUGGCUUUCCCUCCGCAGAUGGACUUCCAUGACAACCUGCUGUAUACUUCAGGACACAUAAUCCUGCAGGACAAGGCCAGCUGCCUCCCUGCCUUCCUCCUCAGCCCUGCUGCUGGCUCCCAUGUCAUCGAUGCCUGCGCUGCCCCUGGGAACAAGACCAGCCACCUGGCUGCCAUCUUGCAGAACAAGGGCCAGAUCUUCGCCUUUGAUGUGGACACCAAGCGCCUGGCCACCAUGAACACCAUGCUGAUGCGGGCUGGAGUCACCAGCUUCCAGCUGGCCCAGCAGGACUUCCUGACCGUGAAUCCCAAAGACCCCAAGUACAGCAAAGUGACCUACAUGCUCCUCGACCCAUCCUGCAGCGGCUCAGGGAUGGUGAGCCGGGUUCCGAGGGAGGAGGCUGCCCCGAGCGCCGAGCGGCUGCAGGCGCUGGCCGGCUUCCAGCGCAAGAUCCUGAGCCAUGCCCUGAGCUUCCCAGCUCUCCAGCGCCUGGUCUAUUCCACCUGUUCGCUACACCGGGAGGAAAAUGAGGAUGUAGUGCAUGCUGUGCUGCAGGAGCAGGGCUCAUCCUUCAGGCUGGUGAAUGCCUUCCCCUCCUGGCCCUGCCGAGGACUCGCUGCCUUCCCUGGGGCAGAGAGCUGCCUCCGAGCCUCUCCUGCAGACACGCUCACCCAUGGCUUCUUCGUGGCUGUCCUGGAGCGGCACGAGGAAGCGCCUGCAGCCCCCAGCUCCCUACCUGUGGCAGCUGAGGACAACCUGCAGCACAGAGAAAGAUUGGAGCCAGGAGCAGCCCCCAAGAGCAGGAAGAGGAAAAAGCAGCGCAUUAAGGAGUGAAAUAACAUUUUUUGGGACUGCAUGGUGCCCAACUGGACUGGCAGGGAAUGCGCCUUCCUGGCCACUGCUGCCUGAAGAGCAGCGGGGCUGCUGAACACAAGUAAAGCUUUGUGCCAGCUGCA